GUGUUUCUCUUGCUUUGUAUACCUCCACGCAAUCGCAGCAGAAAGUUUGCUGACGGCAACCCACAUGAACAAUAUCCAUCACCUUCAUUCCCAAUAUUUCUUCCGCUUCCCCCUCUCUCGAAAAGAAACCAAAAUCACAACAAACCAUGAACAAUCAAUCCAUUCAGAACUCGGUUCCCAGCGAUAUUGCCUUCAAAAUCGCUUCUUUGCUUCAGGAAUUGGAUUUGUGUGCGUUGGGUAGUUGCUCUCGAUUUUGGCGGGAGCUGUGCGGGUCUGAUCAUAUAUGGGCGGGUCUAUGCAGAGACCGAUGGCCAGCCCUAGGUUUGGAUAAAGAAGAAUCUCUUACUGUUCCUAAAUUCAAUGCCCAUCAGCUUCAGCAACAGCAUUUGGACUCUACUUUGAAGGGAUGGAGGGGAUUUUAUGUCAGUAAACAUUAUGAGAUGGCUAGUAAAGCUGACGCUGUUAUUCAUUUCCUGGAACAAUGCAUAUCCUCAGAAUCUAUUGAGGUUAAUCAUUAUUUGGUCGCAAUGCAAAAUAUGAGUUCUAUGCAGUUUGGAUUCAAAGAUGUGGUGGUGUUCUUUUUCAAAGAAAAUCUUCAUGUGCUGCUCAAUUUGGCUGGUCUGCACUACUGUAUUGCAUGGCUUGGAGUACCGGCCGAGCAUGUGAUAGAAGCUGUCAGUAGGUGCAAGAUUUCUGAUCGGCAAAUAUGUGUUCAAUGGUGGAAGCUUGGACGGUGGUUGUAUGGCUUUCGGCUGCGUGAUGAGUCAAUUUCACGACGGGCAUCCCUAAGAGAUCUUGCAAUGGCCAAGGAACAAGAAGUUCUUGAUGUGCUUCAUCGGGGUGCAAUUCAUGAGGUGAUCCGUGUUCAGAUUUCGGCUGCUAAACCGGUUAGCUCUCCUUGGUCAUGCCAAACCCAGACUCCAGAAACAUCAGGUUAGUUAGAGAUAAUUUUCACAUUCAUCUGUGUGUAUGUAUAAUGCAUUCUGUGCAUAGUUGUUCAUAUAUAAGUAUAGUAGGAAUAAAUGGUGCAAUCUACAUAACAGAACAAGGCAUUGCGCACUGAAUGUGGCUGAAUGUAUGUAUAUAGUCAAAAGUCGGGGGUCUUCUCGGAAUCUGUCCCUUGAGACAGGGUUAAGGUCUACGUACAUUUUACAUAUUCCAAACCCUACCUUCAGAUGGGAUAUACCGAGUUUGUUUGGCGUGGUUCAGUUAUGUAUAUAGGGCUUCAAACUUUCUGUUUUAAAAGCAUAAUUUGUAAUUGAUUUUCACCCAACUGGUACAAUUCGAGUCUCAUGACCCGUAGUUGUAGGUCUGAAAAUUGAUGUACUCUGUGUGUGUGUGUGUGUUUCGGCCCGUUGAAAAGAAGGCAUAAAGUGCAUUUGAGACCCAAAAAGAUGAUGAUAGAGAAGGUUUGAGUAGCUCAACCGGUAAAAACCUUGGGUUUGCUCCUCAGUGAUCAUCUACUGGAGUCCCCUCAACGCCAUUUGAGGUUUCCCCGACUGUUUAACAUCGGUUAUCCAAAAACGAUGAUAGAGGAAGUAUUUGACAUUUAAUAUCGGUAGGCAUAAUCCCCAUCAGGGAACUCAUAUUAAUCGGUUAUAAAUUCAGGACUCGUUGCUAACAAAAUAUAACUACAAGGGAAACGGGUGAAACGGAUGGGACGACUUAAAAGUAGUCUACUUGAGUAUUUACGAUCCUCUAAAUUGUUUUAGUUAGAAAAAUCAUAUCAUUAUAUUAAGACUAGUUCUUUUGUAACAAUUUUUGAUGUAUGGAAUUAUUCAUCCCCAGUCAAUUGACGAAAUUUCUCAUGUCCUUUUGUACAUUCUGUAAAAGGGUACGACACCACUUUCCGGAUGCCCGUAUCGGUCCAUCAUGGAAUGUCCCAAAAGAGA